AUGUUAUCACGUGUCCUAAUCGGGUUAGCCACACGUGGUUGGCCCGGCAACCACGUGAAGCUGGUGGCCCUGAUUGGUCAGGAUAUCAAUAGUGGGACCAACUACUGUUUCAGGGUUAGCGCGCCGGCGGGCGCUAAGACCAAAAACAAACAAGGAAGAACCAAGGGCAACCAAACUUUCCAUGGCGACGACGGGGGGAGAAGACGAAGAGGACGAGCCACACGACGGGAAGCCAGAGAGAGACGACAGGGAGAGACGCUGUGUGCCUGGCUGUGCAAGGCCCUGUGCCACCGGGGAAGAAGGAUGAACCGUUGGUACGAGGGGGAUACAGACAUCGGCCUCGUGUUUAUCCAUGUCGUCACGCAGAGUACCUCUUGCAGCCGCAUUACUCGAACUAUUUACUGGAGAUGCACAGUAUGGUGUAUAAAAGGUGUUCAUACAAAUGAGAAAGCAGGGUUGUGA